GUCGUUGCCGUUGUCGUCGUUGUCGUCGUCGUCGUCGUCAGUGUCGUGAGUUCGCGGUCGAAGCCAAACGCGGGCGUAGCAAACUCAUUUCGUAAAUGGAUAUGUGCUGGAGACGCAGACGGCGCGGCAAGCCAAUGAAAUGAAAUUUAUUAAAUUAAAGACGACGUGAAUAUAGACACACAUGCUCCAGCGAACGGAAGUGAAAAGUGACACAUAGCAUCUACAUAUAAGCAUCGUGUAGACAACGAAAUAAACUAAUCGCAAAAGGCUACACGCAACACUAACGCACCAGCAAAAUGGGUAAGGAUCAGGAGUUUCUAGAAGCGGCCCGCAAUGGCAACAUCAGUCACAUCGAAAAGGUCCUCUCCCAAAAGGGGAAACGAGCUGGGCCGCUGGCAAGCCUGCGACGCACUGGCGUCAAUGUACAGGAUAGCAGCGGCUACUCGGCACUGCAUCAUGCCUGUCUCAAUGGACACGAGGAUAUUGUGAGACUGCUGCUUGCCCACGAGGCGUCCACCAAUCUGCCGGACACGCGUGGCUCGUCACCGCUGCACCUGUCCGCUUGGGCCGGAGAGACGGAUAUUGUGCGGCUGCUCCUGACGCAACCCUAUCGACCUGCCAACGCCAAUCUACAAACCAUUGAGCAGGAGACGCCGCUGCAUUGUGCCGCCCAGCAUGGACACACUGGCGCCCUAGCACUGCUGCUGUCACACGAUGCGGAUCCCAACAUGCGCAACUCCCGUGGUGAGACACCACUAGAUCUGGCUGCCCAAUACGGUCGCCUGCAGGCAGUGCAAAUGCUCAUCCGUGCGCAUCCUGAACUGAUUUCACAUCUGAGCACAGCGGCGGUGGAGACAGCCGCCGUUCCGUCGCCGUCAUCGCCAUCUUCACCCAUGCGUCACAUAUUUCCGCACACCUGCCUGCAUCUGGCAAGUCGCAAUGGCCACAAGAGCGUUGUCGACGUCCUCCUCUCAGCCGGCGUAUGUGUGAAUCUAUUGACGCCCUCGGGCACAGCGCUUCACGAGGCAGCAUUGUGUGGCAAGGAGAAUGUGGUGCGAACACUGUUACGAGCCGGCAUCGACUUGUCUGCCACUGAUAAUGAGCAACGCACUGCACUGGACAUUUUGCGAGAAUUUCCACCACAUGUGACUAAGCACAUUAUUGCAGUGAUUAACAACUUUCGUCAUCAAAUGGACACCGAUGAGGUCGACGAGGUUAUUUACCGACAGCAUGCACCGCAAACAUCUGGGCGUGGCCAGAGCGCCAAACAGACACAGCAGCAGCAGCAGCAGCACAACAGCCAUAACCACUAUCAUUUCAACUCGAACAACCACUUGCUUAACCACUCGCACUCCAUGCAACAGCCCGGAUAUAGUAAACAGCGGCUAAGUGCCGGCAAUGGCGGCCCAUACAAUGGCGGCAAAUCUUUGGAUAGUGCGCUGCAGCCGGCAGAGGAAAGAUUCUAUCAAGAUCUAAACGUCCACUCGCCGCUGCACAUACAAAACGACAUGGGCGGUGGCUUUAGUGUUAGUCCUUCAUCCUCGCUGAGCAGCUUUGAGCCGGCCUCUGUUUCGCCGCGUUCUCGCUGCUCCACGGGGGGUGGCACACAGCCGCUGCAAAUGAGCACGUUUGCACCGAGUGGACCGCCAAAGAAGCCACCGCGACGCAAUCUCUCCGUUUCGCCAACGCACGCUGGCCCAGGCCAGCAAUUUAGUUAUAGUUCACCAUCUAGUCAAGGCCAGGGACAGCAGAUGCGACGUCGCCCACCAGCUAAUGACAGUCCCUAUUCGCAUCAGAGCCACGGCAGCGUUGGCGGCAUGAGUUUCGAUGAGACCCAACUGCGGGAACGCCAGCGCAGUGAUCGACUCUACGCAAGUGCCAGGCAGAGCACCCGAUCCGCCGUAGAUGGCAACAUGAGCCUCAGUUCCAGCAAUGACAUGCUAGAUCGACAGUGCAGCAGUUCCGAGCUCAAUAGUGAGACAAGUGUGCCAAAUUCAAGUGGAGAAUCCCCAGCUCCGGCUUCCCAUUCCACCAACUCAAUGAAGCGACCCAUUCCAGCGCAACGCAGCGCUUCUACUAAACUGUCUAAGGAGCUGCUCAAGUCCUGUGAGAAUGCCACCCUCAAAUCGUACAAUCCCAAUCGAAAACUCAAACGUAAUCGAAAUAGCUGCUCUCUCAAUGUAGCAGAAAAGGCCGAAGGUGUUGAGCAAAACUGUGAUACCAAGCAGCAAACUCCAAGCAGUCCCACACACUACAAGCAACCACCAACGCCGGACCACCCGCCACCGAGCUCAAGCCAGGCAGAGCGCACCAUCCACGAGCGCAUCCGUCCACUGAGCCAGGAGUACAAGAGGCGUUCAGCACUGCUGCAGUUGCAGGCGGCGCAGCAGCUAAUGAUUGAGACGGGUUCAUCGCCAUCGAAGCUGCUGCCGUCUAUGGGUACACCAGGGUACGACUAUGAUGAUACGGUCACAGUGGUGCCACGCUGUCCGGCACCAUCAUCGGGCUCACUGAGCUCCAGCAUUUCGUGCUCGGAUCACAGUCUCUCUCAUUCCACGGACUAUGUGGAGGAGUUUGUCAGUGAUGUGCCCUUUGCCGGGCUACUCAAGGGCGCCACACACCACAACGAGACCAAGGCCCAAACGGUACAGGAGCUGCCCCAACAAGCGGCACGUGUGCGUCCUCCUAUUGCAAUGAAGCCCUUGGUGCCGGAGAGAAAGUUCGUGAAGCCGCCAACGACGCCAACCUCACAAAAUGUUGUCGAAGUCAAGCUGGAAACAAAUGGUAAUGCCGAGGGCGAGACUUCCUCUCGUAAGAUUGACAAGUCGCCUGCUAAGUCACCUGCGAAAUCACCAGCAAAGACACCCGGCAAGUCGCCUUCAAAGUCUCCAGCUAAAUCACCCGGCAGUGGCCAUUCGAUAGCUCGCAACUCGCUCAAUCUAUUGAGUCCCUUCAAUGCCGAGGAGGCGCGCAAGAAAAUCUCAGAAAUCAUUGAGAACUUUGGCAGUGGCAUUCUCAAUACAAACAUAACGCCCACCCAUGACAUCGAACUGGACUUUGAGGAUCUGGAAGUGCUGCCCGAGCGCCGCGAGCUGGCCGUAAGAUUGCGCAAUGCCGGACUGUUGCAUCUGGAGCGGAUUCUCUUUGAGAACGGCUACGAUAACUAUAAAUUUGUGCGUAAUGUGUUCGAGGAGCCAGAUAUUCCACUACUGCACAUACCCGAACGAGAUGCGACGAAGCUGCUGCGUUUUGUGGAGACACUGCCGCAGUCGGAGUUUUUGCCACAGGUGCCAUUCAAGACACAGCAGGAGAACAAACAGAUGGGCGUGGCAAGCCUACAGCAAUGGCUACACAGCAUCGCUCUGCCCGAAUAUCUGGAGUUCUUUAACAAGCAUCUGUACAACACCAUUGAAAGCGUCUGUGGCGUUUGGGAUGUAGAGCUGCAGACGGUGCUGGAGAUUAAUAAAUUAGGCCACCGCAGACGGAUUUUGCAAUCAUUAGCAUACAUACGGCAGAUGCGCGAAUCCAAAUCGCUGAAAACACCGCUUGGCGAAAACAACGAAACCAACAAAAUUACAUCGAAUGGCAACAGGGAGACAACAGCGUCAACCAGUGCGACACAACCACCCGCACAUGUUUUGCCGCAUCGCAAUUCCAUUACGGGCUACCGCAAGAAUCGUCCGGCACCACCGCCGCCCGCACCACCGGCACAGAAGACAGCAGCCGCUACUGCUACACCACUGCAAAUACGCGCACCUUCUGAGCUGUUGCUGGGCUUGCCUGUCAAUCUGCGCACCACCCAAUGGCGCCACUCGGCCCAAACCCUACUCAAUGAACACAUUAAAUACGAGGUUCAGUACCUCGGCUCAACGGUUGUGAAAGAAUUACGUGGCACAGAGUCCACGAAGAAAUCCAUACAGAAACUGAAGGCGUCCGCCGGACAGACGCAUGCGGAGAUUCACAAGCAGGGCGCACCACUAUCCCUGGCCAUUUGUCAUCGUGGCGUGGAGUUUAUUGAUGUGGCAAGCAAGCGCAUUAUCUGUGAGCAUGAGAUACAGAACAUCAACUGCGCCUGUCAGGACUCGGAGGAUCUGCGUCACUUUGCCUACAUAACCAAGGAGCAGGAUUUGCACUAUUGUCACGUGUUCCUUGUGCAAAGCACGGAUCUGGCUAGCGAGAUUAUCCUAACUCUGGGCCAAGCCUUCGAGGUCGCGUAUCAGCUGGCGCUGCGCGAUGGAAUUGCCACAACGCCAGCGCUGCUCCUUGAUAAUGGCAUGCUUCAGGGCGAGUAUUGUGGCGGUGGCAGCAAAUAGAGUCAGGAGUUGGCCACCGCCCAGGCCCAACAAAAUCAGUCUUUGGCUAACAGAUCGAAUCGCAGUCACAGUCGCAGUCGCAGCCUCUGCGCCAAACUAUUUUGCUUAACCAACUACGGUGCGCUGUUUAAGUUAUAGAUAGUAAUCCGGGGGCAACUACUAAAUUUGAUCCUAGUAAUUGCGCGUUUGACAUUUAAUUGGAAUUAUUCUGUUUUCAAAUGGCCAACAGCAAGAUAAACAACAACCAAUACAUUGAACAAAAAGACUUUUAACAGAAGGCACAAAUUUUUUUUAAAGAAAACCACUCAAUAAACUCCAGCUUUUUUUUAAGCGGCAAUGUUUUGAGUAUCAUCAACUGAACGCACAACAUUCAUUAUAUCAACGUAAAUCAUUUCAAACGAAAAUGAUGCAUUUAAAUCUUUUUAAAAAUCUAUAUAAAAGCAAUUGCAUUUAAUUACAUAAUACUUACAUGCGUAUAAAAUGUUUUAGCAAAUUUUAGCUCUAUCUAUAACCAUAAAUCGAAUAUAAAGAAGUAUAAAUCUAUUAACAUAUUAUUGGCACUUGAAUAAAAUUUUAUUAAUGUUAAAAGCUGUAUGAAAAACUAUUAAAGCAGCGAAUUGCUUACAAAAGCAAUGAAAAUUCAUAUCCAGCAAACAAAAAUACAAAUUGGCUAUAUACAAGCGAUAAAUAUGUAUACAUACACUAUAUAUAACUAAUCCCAUCAUUAUUAAAUGAGACAAUGAGUGUUGUUAUAUAAUUUUAAAUAAAUUCUUAUUAACAAAAGUAAAUCGAACGCUAAAACGUCAACUCUAAUCAAAAUAAAUACAACGCACAAAGUUAUAAGCAAAUCUGCUUACAAAAUACAAAUAUAAGAAAAUUAAAACUAUCAGCGAGUUAUACGAAAGAGAUAAAUAUAAAAAAAAAGGAAAAUAUUAAUAUAUAUACAUAUAAUAUUGGUGUACAACAAGCGUUUGUAUAUUGUUCACACAAUUUGAAAACUUCUAAGCUAGUCCUUUGGUUGUUAUCGGGGCAUCUACAUACAUAUAUAGGUUUGUUUCAUUUAAAAUUGAUUUGAGGCAAAGCCUUGUUGUUAUCAUUUGUUUAAUGAUGUUUUUAGUUAAUUAUUAUUUAAAUACAAUUAUUCAAAGAAGCUCUACCCACUUCUACCACUCGAUGUGUGCAAUGCUUUAAAUGUUAGCCUGCUUUAUGGUACAACAAUGUUCAUAAGAAGUACCUAUCCAUAAAAAUCAUGUGAAAAAUCAACUAAUCAACAACAAAUAAUUGUGCAUUUUUCUGUACGCAUUUUUACAAAUUUGUUAUGCCACUUGCACUACAAAAUAUACAUAAAUACAUACAAUUCAAAGAACUAUAUACAUACAUACAUGCAAACAAACAAACGUACAUGCAUACAAACAUACAGGCUAGCGCAUAACUAAUGAAAUUUAAUAGCGAUCUAUGCAUAAAUAAAUAUAGUAAACAAAAAAUAACAUGUUUACCGAAUAAAGCUAAAUGGAAACCUGUAAACCUGAUUUGUCUUCGUCAAAUUGCAUAAACUAGUUUACCAAACAUACUAAGCCCAAAACAAAAUAAAAAACUUAUUAAAAUAUUGAGCAAAUAC